AUGAUGAUUCGAACAAUCUUUUUCAUUGGACUUUUUGUAACAUCUAUUGAUUUAAUUCCUACAGUAAAUGGAAUGAUCGUCAAUAAAGAUCAAAUUGAUAUUUCAAAACAAUUAUCCAAUGUUCGAUAUGCAUCAUCAAUCAAUAUUGAUGAUGUUAUGAAACAUCUUGAUGAAUUACAAAAUAUUGCAACAUCUUCUAAUGGAAAUCGAGCUGUUAAAACAAUUGGUUUUAAUCGUACACUUGAUUAUAUAACGAAUUAUCUUUCAUUAAAUACAAAUUUGAAAAUAACAAAAACUUUUUUUAAUUUACGAAAUUUUCAACUUCUUUGUAAUCCAACAUUUUCAUCAACAAUUGAUGGAGUUGUUAAAACAUAUUAUUAUUCAACUAGUCUUUCAUUAGCAGAUUUUUAUUAUGUUCACUAUUCAACAUCGGUUGAUAUAAGUAGCAAUGUUCUUCUUACGGUUAUUCCUAAUUUAGGUUGUUCAGAUGAUGAUUGGCUUUCAGUCCGUCCAUCUCCUGCUGGUAUUGUAGCACCUGUUAAACGAGGUGAUUGUACUGUUGAAAGUAAAGCUCGUCUUGCAAGUAAAUACAAUGUUGCUGCAUUAUUAAUUUAUAAUGAUGGUACAACAUGGGGGGUGGGUGCGGUUUGGGGUGUGGGUGAGGUGGAUGUGAGGUUAAUUCAAGAUAAGAGCUAA